AUGUCUGGUCAUCAAGAUAACCGCGAGGCUGGCUCCAACGCCGAUGAGCUCGCUGACAACCUCAACAACCUCAGUAUGGAUGGAACGCAGGAGCGCCUUGGCCCUGAUGGCGAACCUCUUCCCAAGACCGAUGAAGAGUACGCCGAGUCUCAACUAACCCUUCGUGCUAUUGUAUCCUCAAAAGAAGCUGGUGUAAUUAUUGGCAAGGGCGGCAAGAACGUCGCGGAUCUCAGAGAUGAGACAGGUUGUAAGGCUGGUGUCAGCAAGGUUGUACAAGGUGUUCAUGACCGUGUUUUGACUAUUGCUGGUGGUUGCGAAGCCAUCUCAAAGGCAUACGCAAUUGUUGCGAAGGCUCUUCUCGAGGGCGCACCGCAAAUGGGUAUGGGUGGUGUUGUUGCCCAGAGUGGCUCUCAUCCAAUCAAGCUUUUGAUUUCACACAACCAGAUGGGCACGAUUAUCGGCCGACAGGGUCUGAAAAUCAAACAUAUCCAGGAUGUCUCUGGAGUCCGUAUGGUCGCGCAGAAGGAGAUGCUACCUCAAUCCACAGAGCGCAUUGUGGAGGUCCAAGGCACCCCCGAGGGCAUCCAAAAGGCUGUUUGGGAAAUUUGCAAGUGUUUAGUCGAUGACUGGCAGAGAGGAACUGGAACAGUCUUGUAUAACCCCGUUGUCCGCACACAACCAGGUGCUGCCGGAGGAAUGGGUGGUGGACAAGCCCUAGGUGGGAGCCCGCGUGGUGAUUAUGGCAACAACCGUGUUAUGCGCACUGGCAACGGGGCCGAUUUCAGUAAUGAAGCACCUCGCUCUUACAACAAUCGCCGAUCGGACUCUGAUGCUGCUCAACGAGGCCCUCCUACCCACGAUGAGAAUGGAGAGGAGCUCCAAACUCAGAACAUCAGCAUUCCAUCGGACAUGGUCGGAUGCAUCAUUGGUCGCGCAGGAAGCAAGAUCAGUGAGAUUCGCAAGACCUCUGGCGCCCGCAUCAGCAUUGCCAAGUCUCCCCACGAUGAGACUGGAGAACGUAUGUUCACCAUCAUGGGUAGCCAGAAGGCUAACGAGACAGCCCUGUAUCUUCUCUACGAGAACCUCGAGGCCGAGAAAAUGCGCCGAAGCCAAGGCAAUGCUCAGGACUGA